AUGGCAACGCCGUCUAUGUCUCUGGAAGACGCCCUCGCCCGAGCCACGGAGGCAGCUUCGGAGACGAGCCUCAGCUCCGUGCCAGACGAGACGGUAGCUUCUAGCGGAGGCAGGAAUGACGCGUUUAUGGACGCUGCGAUUCAGCGUAUGAGAGACGAGCUCGCGUCGAUGGGGAAGGCGGAAGAGAGCCUGGAAGAAGCCAUUGCGCGGGCUGCUAACGCGGGUUCCGCGGGUACUUCUUGCGCGCCAUCCGCGCGCGACGCCUGCGCGCCAUCCGCGGGGGAUUCCCGCGCGCCUGCGGGUAACGCGCACGCGAGUGGAGCGUCUCGUGGCACCGGCAAGUCUGACGAUUUCAUGGAUGCAGCAGUGAGAAGGAUGCGCGAGGAGCUGGCGGGAAUGGGGCAGGCGGAUGAGAGCUUGGACGAUGCCAUUGCGCGGGCUGCUGGUGCUGCUGGCGCUACUGUUUAUGGGGCUAGCUCGCACGCUUCUGGGGGUCCGCGUGGGGCUGAGGGGAGUGGGGUUGGGGGAAGUAGCGGUGGGAGCAGUGACCCGCGCAUGGAUGCAGCCGUGAGACGGAUGAAAGAGGAGCUGGCUGGCUUAGGUCAGGCGGAUGAGAGCCUUGACGACGCCAUUGCCCGCGCUGCUGCUGCUGCCGGUAGUGGUGCUGCUGGUGCUCCUGAAGGCGUUGUUGGUGUUCGCUCUCACGCUUCUGAGGGUUCGCGUGGGGCUGGGGGCAGUAGGGGUGACCCGCGCAUGGAUGCAGCCGUGAGGCGGAUGAAAGAGGAGCUGGCUGGGUUAGGACAUGCGGAUGAGAGCCUUGACGACGCCAUUGCCCGCGCUGCUGCUGCUGCUGGCAGUGCUGAUAGUGCUGUGGCUGGUGCUCCCUCUCACGCUUCUGAUGGUUCGCGUAGGGGUGGGGGCAGUGGGAGCGGGAGCAGUGACCCGCGCAUGGAUGCUGCCGUGAGGCGGAUGAAAGAGGAGCUGGCUGGCCUAGGUCGGGCGGAUGAGAGCCUGGAAGACGCCAUUGCCCGCGCUGCUGCUGCUGCCGGCGACUUUGGGGCUGGGAACAAUGGGGGUGGGGGCAGUGGGGGUGGGGGCGGUGGGGGCGGUGGGGGUGGGGGCAGUGGGGGUGGGGGGAGUGGGGGUGGGGGCAGUACGGGUGACCCGCGCAUGGAUGCAGCCGUGAGGCGGAUGAAAGAGGAGCUGGCUAGCUUAGGUCAGGCGGAUGAGAGCCUUGAAGACGCCAUUCUCCGCGCUGCUGCUGCUGCCGCUGCUGGUGCUGCUGCUGGUGCAGGUAGCGCCGCUGCCAAUUCUGCCGCCGCCACUCCCUCCCCCCACCUGCAACCCGCGAACCCAGAACCCCUCUCAGCAUACGCACAGCUCAACCCAGCCUUAGCCGAUCUCGACCCAGACCCCCAGUUCCCAGACGACUACCGCUACGAUGGCAACUCAUUCAUGGACUCUGGCCUUCUCAGCUUAGGAGGUACGAUGAGCUCCAUGGGGGCGUCUGGGGGAGGGUAUGCAGGGUCGCAGGGAGCUGUCUGUACGGGCGUGACGCGGCAAUUUUCUAAUCUCAGCCGACCGACAGAGUCGCUGGACGAGGCCAUUGCUCGCGCUGCUGCUGCUGCUGUCACCACCUGUGCUGGGAACGCUUCUGGGGCUGGGUGUGGGGGGGGAAGGGGCGCAGGUGGGGUGGCCCGCGCGCCUGCUGCGCCUGCUGCUCCUGCUGCGCCUGCUGCGCCUGCUGCUUCUGCUGUGCCUGCUUCUGGGGCGCCUGAUGUUGCCGCAGCACGAGCACCAGCCGAUCUUGACCCAGACCCCGAGUUCCCAGACGACUAUCGCUACGAUGGCAACUCAUUCAUGGACUCUGGCCUUCUCAGCUUAGGAGGCACAAUGAGCUCUAUGGGGUCGUCCGGUGCAGGGUCGCAGGGAGCUGUCUGUACGGGCGUGACGCGGCAAUUUUCUAACCUCAGCCGACCGACAGAGUCCCUGGAUGAGGCUAUUGCCCGCGCUGCUGCUGCUGCCACCGUCGCAUGUGCUGAGAAGACUUCUGGAGCUGGGUGUGGGGGGGGGGAGAGGGGCAGAUGGGGGUACCCGAGGGAGGUAUCAUUGGAUACGGCAGUGCAGGAGAUGCGGGAGCAGCGUGCGAACAUGGGGAAGGCAGGAGAGAGCUUAGAAGACGCCAUUGCCUGCGCAAUCGGUAUGGCUGGUGCUGCUUCCGCUGCUCCUGCUAGGUCUGCUGCUCCUGCUGGCGGUUCUGCUGGUUCUGCUGGUGGUUAUGCUGGGUCUGCUGGGUCUGCUGGUUCUGCGGGUUGGGCUGGGAGGAGGGAGGUAUCGUUGGAUACAGCAGUGCAGGAGAUGCGGGAGCAGCGGGCGAACAUGGGGAAGGCAGGAGAGAGCUUAGAAGACGCCAUUGCCUGCGCAAUCGGUAUGGCUGGUGCUGCUUCCGCUGCUCCUGCUAGGUCUGCUGCUCCUGCUGGCGGUUCUGCUGGUUCUGCUGGUGGUUAUGCUGGGUCUGCUGGGUCUGCUGGGUCUGCUGGUUCUGCGGGUUGGGCUGGGAGGAGGGAGGUAUCGUUGGAUACAGCAGUGCAGGAGAUGCGGGAGCAGCGGGCGAACAUGGGGAAGGCAGGAGAGAGCUUAGAAGACGCCAUUGCCUGUGCAAUUGGUAUGGCUGACGCUGCUUCUGCAAGUCGCCCCCACGCAUCUGCAGAUGGGAGGAAGGGGGGAGAGAGCUUAGAAGACGCCAUUGGCCGCGCUGUUGGCGUGGCUGAUGCUGCUUCUGCCCGAGCAGGCAAACCGUAUGCAUCUGGAGGUAUGCCCUAUGCCUCCUCUGCUCAUUGUAGUUCCCUCGCGGGCAUGGGGUUAGCAGGGCGUGGGAAUGAUGCUGGCGUGGCUGAUGCUGCUUCUGCUCGAGCCAGCAAUCUCUACCCGUAUGCAUCCGGAGGAGAAGGGUGCAGGGGGGGGGGGCGGGGGGAGGAUGCGGGCAUGGGGGCGGCAGUGAAAGGGGGUGAUGCGGGCAUGGGGGCGGCAGUGAAAGGGGGUGAUGCGGGCGUGGGGGCGGCAGUGAAAGGGGGUGAUGCGGGCAUGGGGGCGGCAGUGAGGGGGAUGCGCGAGGAGUUAGGGGGGAUGGGGAAGGCGGAUGAGACCUUGGAAGAGGCUAUUGCGCGGGCUUCUAUUGUGGGAUCCGCGGGCAUGGGGGCAGCAGCGGGAGGGGUUGAUGCAGGCAUGGGGGCGGCAGUGAGGGGGAUGCGUGAGGAGUUAGGGGGGAUGGGGAAGGCGGAUGAGAGCUUGGAAAAGGCUAUUGCGCGGGCUUCUAUUGUGGGAUCCGCGGGCAUGGGGGCAGCAGCGGGAGGGGAUGAUGCAGGCAUGGGGGCGGCAGUGAGGGGGAUGCGUGAGGAGCUGGGGGGAAUGGGGAAGGCGGAUGAGAGCUUGGAUGAAGCUAUUGCGCGGGCUGCUAGUGCUGCUGGUGGUGCUGGUGUUGCGGCUGGUGCUGCUGGUGCUCGUGCUGCUCGUGUUUCUGCUACUGCCACUCCGCAUCCAGCCAUCCCCCAUCCUCCCAUCCCUCACCCCUCCAUCCCUCACCCCUCCAUCCCUCACCCUUCCAUCCCUCACACCUCCAUCCCCCACCCUGCCAUCCCCCGCCCUCUCAACGCCCCACCUGAAAUCCCCCUUCCUGCUGGGACCUGGGUGCAGCACCAGAUCCCCCCAGCAAGCUUCAACCAGUCAGAAGGCACUUCUGAGGCGCCUCAGAAGCAGCCUGCGCCUGGGAUCGCCCCUCCUGGUGGGAACUGGCUGCAGUAUCGUAUCCCCCCUGCAAGCUUCACCCCGUCGAAAGGCCCCGAUCCCAAGGGAAGCAGCACAGUGAUCCCUUCUUCCACUGAAAGCUGCACCACCAUCCCUCCCUCUAACGCCUCUCUUGCCACCACCACCACCAACGCCUCCAGCUCUGUUAUCCGCCCCUAUGGCGCCUCCUCUGUUUCAACCAGCACGUGGGGCAGUAGUGUUGGUAACAGUAAUGUGUCGAGCGUUGGCGAGUACGGUUAUGGGAUGGUUACCACGUUCGGCCUGCCGUGCGAGUCGUUGGAGGAGGCUUUGGAACGGGCGUCGCUGACCGCUAGCUCGACUCGGUCCAGUAUAGACGGGGAUGCAGGCCACGGAGGGGCGGUGGCGCGUGCAGGGGCGUUUGGGAGCCGGGGUGGGAGUGAGCGGGGCGGUGGGAGUGGGCAUAUGGGGGGUCCGGGGGCGGUGGUUCCUCCACUGCCAUUUUCGAAUGUGAGACCUGCAGCUGAAGAGGCAGCAGCAGUGGUAGCAGCACAAGCAGUGGCCACGCUUAGAAAAGGCGGAGGAGCUAUGCCUGGUCCGUUGGGGUAUAGUGAGGAUGAGAGUGGGGGUGAUGGUGGUGUGGGCUACACUGCUGUAUUUUCCAACGUGGCAGCAGCAGCCUAUCGCAAGCCUCGGAAAUGGGCGUCGGGCGCCAGCUCAGCCACAGGAUCAGUGGCAGGUGACCUGGAUCGUGAUUAUAGUGAUCGAAAUCUGCCUGUCUACAGUAGUCAGAGGGGGUAG